GUCGCAGGAGCGCGCGCUCCUGUUUAGUGCCACACCGCGCGCCGUGCCGCGUGCUGCAACUCCGGACUUUUUGUUUUUUGGACACCUAACAAAGCGAUCCGUGUGUCUUUUUUUAUAAACCUCCCCAUGCACGAGCACCGCAAGACCAUCCCGUCCCGGCGCGUCCUGAUACCGGAGCGCUUUUAAGGAACCUUACUAACUACCAUCACUUUUUUUCUGAUUGUGGGAAUCCCGGUGCUGGAACAGGAGCGCGUGUAAAGAGUGAGAAGAUGCUCCGAUGGAUGUAAAGACCAGCGUGUGGGUCUGUAAUCAGUGAGCUGCUUCACACACACACACACACACACACACACACACACACACACACACACACACACACACACAAGCAGGACCGCGCGCUAGAAACGCAGAUCGGACCCGAGAUGAUCGUCUCCACGCUUUGCGUUCUCCUGCCGCUGCUGGACGUCCUGCUCUCUGCAGAAAAGUCAGUGUUUGCUGCAGCGAGCCGGAUGGACUGCGUCGGAGCCAGUGAGCUGUGCUUAAAGGAGCCGGGAUGCAGCACAAAGUAUCGGACUAUGAGGCAGUGCAUAGCCGGGAAGGAAGGCAACAUCAGUGCCGAGGGGAGAGAUGAGUGCCGCAGCGCCUUGGACGCACUCAAGCAGAGCCCGCUGUACAACUGCCGGUGCAAAAGAGGCAUGAAGAAGGAGAAGAACUGCCUGCGCAUCUACUGGGGACUCUACCAACAUUUACAAGGAAAUGAUUUACUGGAGGAAUCUCCUUACGAGCCCAUGACUAGCCGUGCAUCUGAUAUAUUUCGAUUGGCGCCCAUCUAUUCAGAGGGAGACACCAACAGCAGCCACCGGAGCGCUCCAGUCACCGUGAGCCCGGCCCAAAACCCCGGUAGAAACAAGAGAUCAAAUCCGGCUUGGGAAGUUCUGGGUGACCCUGCUUUAGCUAAGGAGAACAACUGCCUGAAUGCUGCCAAGGCGUGUAACCUGAACGACACGUGUAAGAAGUACCGCUCCUCCUACAUCAGCCCUUGCACCAGCCGCGUCUCCACGGCCGAAGUGUGCAACAAGCGCAAGUGCCACAAGGCGCUACGUCAGUUUUUUGACAAGGUGCCUCCUCGACACAGCUACGGCAUGCUAUACUGCUCAUGUCCUCCGGGGGACCAGUCAGCCUGCUCCGAGCGCCGGCGCCAGACCAUCGUCCCUGCGUGCUCUUACGAGGACAAGGAGAAACCCAACUGCUUGGCACUGCAAGUCUCCUGCAAGGGCAACUACAUCUGCAGGUCACGUCUAGCAGAUUUCUUCUCCAACUGUCAACCCGAGCGACGGUCAAUGUCCGGCUGUCUGAAAGAGAACUACGCUGACUGCCUUCUGUCCUACUCGGGCCUCAUCGGUACGGUGAUGACCCCAAACUACCUGCGAUCCCCUAAAAUCAGCGUGUCGCCUUUCUGCGACUGCAGCAACAGCGGCAACAGCAAAGAGGACUGCGAGCGGUUCACAGAGUUCUUCACUGACAACGCCUGCCUGCGUAACGCCAUCCAGGCGUUUGGAAACGGGACAGACGUGAGCGUGUGGCAUUCGUCUGCGGUGCAGAGCACCACGGCCGCCGUCACCCCAUCACACAGAGGGCGAGGACGUGAGAAAUCGUCCAACUCCCUGGACUCGGACUCGCACGGCAACCACGUGAACCUUGGAGAUACUUCUUCGAUGUAUCAGUUCUGUGGAAAUCUCCAGGCACAGAAGCUGAAGACCAACCAAACAAUAGAUGUGGUUUGUGUGGAUCCUCAGAUCGACAACCCCAGCUCCUCCAACUCCAUCUCGGGGAACUCAGCAUCUCCGUCACUCUUUAGUGCUCCGUUUCUCCUGCUGCUCAGCUCUUUGCACUGCUCCCUGGCGCUCCUGUCACCCACCCCGUCACUGCUGUGGUAGCCACUUGGCCAACGCACCACAUGGACGCUCGUAAUUUGUAUUAAGAAAAAAAAAAUCUCAGAUAUAUGUUCCAGGUCUCCCUGUUGUAAUCACGUUCUCUCACUGUCUCCUCUGUAUUUUUACAGCUCUGAGUUUUCUGAGCUUUGGUUGAUGCGAAAGUGAUUUUUGGUGUAACUCGAGUUUUUUGUUUGUUUGUUUUUUUUGUACCUGGAGAUAAACAGCGAAAAAAAUCGUUUGCGCAACUUUCGAGACGUACAACAAUCUGGUCUGGUAGCUGAAAGACGGGAGACGAGUGGCGGCAGAUUUCUUAAAUCUCGUCUGUGUUUUUUGUGUACGUCGUGUGCUCUAUUACGUGCGUCAACUUUUAAGAGGCACGCGAUUCAAAGGCAGGCUCGCUGCGAGGUUUUGUCAAUUUCAAGCCUUUUUAAACACACAUAGUGUCAGAGACUUGGAGUAACUUUUGAAGGCGUGCACAAAAUAAUUCCGAGAAAGGGAUCGCUUUGUUCGCUGGGAUUUCUGUUGUGCAUGAUUCUUCUUAUAUCUCCGAUGACUGCUUUCGUAGCUUUAAUCUGAUUAUUUUUCGUGCGACAUAGCUAUUCGUACAUGUACAGUAUAUAUAUUUUGAGAUCCUGCUUUGGGUCAGGAAGACUGUGCCUGGGUCAUGUUGAGCUGAGUGCCUCCAAGUCUAUAAACAGUCACCACUGGUGUAUAUACGACUUUCUCAAACUCACAUUCUCUGUUCUGAAACUUCGCUGUAAUUGUAGCCGUCACCAGUCCGAACUCAUCCGUCCUCAAAGUGCACCUUUAUAAUGCCUUUAAAGUGUAAACCGUGUUUGGGCCCCUUUCGUCCAAAUCAGAAUCUUUAUAUGUAUUAUAUUAAAGUUUUUUUUGUGUGUGUGUGUGCUCCAGAGACUGCGUUACGGCCGUAUGCUAAAUUCCGAUCUCGAUCCUAACCGAUCCGAAGGUUCGACUUUACAGUUUCCUUUGAAAUGAACUCGAAGCAUGUGCAGUUUCAACAGCUAUUGCACAUUUGAAGCAUUUAUGAUAUGAAGUUUGGCUUUUUUUUUCUUCUUUUUUUUUUUUUUAAGGAUGAAUAUAACACAAGAGAAGCAUUUACGCAUCGCUCUCUUUAUUUACUGGGCAUCUCGAUGUUUACUCGAUAUCUCGUUUUAAUCGGACGGAGAAAAUCCUCCUACUGCAUAUAAGGUCAUAAUGACUUGUUCAGAUUAAGGUAUAUAGAUACACACACACACACACACACACACACACACACACACACACCAUUUACACGAACAGACUCCACCUUUAAUGACGACUGCCCCAAAGUGAACAACAAAGGUUUAACUGAAUACUUAUGUAUUGUUCAAUGGUAUAAGAAAGAAAGGGAAAAAAUAUUUUUGUAUCUUUUGCAUUGUUUCUUUUACCACAAAACUAUUCAUGUUAUAUGGAUUAUAAGCAUUUAGAGGUGGUGUUAUCAGGUCUAUCUGAGCAUAUUAGGGGCAGAUGUACAGUAUUGCCCUGAGGUGGUGUUAGGGCUACACUGAGUGUACAGAACAAUAUUCUGGAUAUCACAGUGAUCUUUUGGGAUGGUGGAUCGUUCCUGAUACUCCCUUAUUUUAUCUUCUCUCUCAAUACAUUUACACCGCUUUAAGUACUGGAGAAUGUACUUGUCUGUAAACGUCCAGGUUCAGGUUGCAUCACUGAUCAGACCAGAGAGAGUAAACUAAAGUAAAAUAAAAUCUAUGAAUAUGUUACUCGUUCUUCAUGAGCUGCCUUGAGCAUAACAGUUCAGAUAACCGCAAGCGAUUGACUGCAACGAGCCACAGCUUUAGACAGAAAUUUUUCUGGAGUUGACCGUCGCUAGUUUGCAUCCUCACGGGUCAUGGCUUGAAAGAUCGUAACGCCAAAGGCGCAAACACGUGCACGAGCGUUUUCAUCCGUUUAACAUCUCUUUGCCUACUUUCACUUAUCGAGAUUAAAGGAAAUAAAGCACACUUUCCAGUGUUCUGCGCACUCAGUGUAUCCUGCAACACCUGAUUCUGCUUUGUGCAAAAAAAAAAAAAAAAUCCAAAUAAAAAAUAAUACAUUAAUAAUUAUAAAAAAUAAAACACACACACACACACACACACCUUUACACACCGACAUUAUAAUGGUUGAUAAAAUGAAAGACUUGUUCUGGUUUAUAAAUAAAGGUUCCCCCUCUGACAUAUUUCUUCCUAGCUUGUGAAAAUGUACAAAUAAAUAUUAUAUGAAAACUGAUUAAAAUGGUGAUUCAUCCAAGUA